AUGCCACCGGCAAUCACAUACGAUGGAGUCGAAAGUGCGGAGGGCGGCACCAUCUUCAAAGAUCUCAAGUUUUGGCUGUCACAUCGAGUACCGAGCAGAAAACAUUGGACAGAGCUUAUCACGCAAAAUGGCGGCAAGGUCGUGCUGCUUGAAAAACAUGCUGAUAUGCUUAUUGCGGACCAUCUCAUAAAAAGAGAUGCCCCCCCUGGAUCCUAUUCAUGGAAGUUUAUUAAGGACUCUGUGGAAAACGGGUAUAUCCAGAUAAAGGACAAAUACCUGAUAGGACGCCAUCCAGACGAGCCAAGACCGGUGGGCAGCAAUCAAACCAAAAAGUCAACACGGACACCGUUUACUGCGGAGGAUGACGCGAAACUUACUAGGUGGGCACUAAGCCAUCCAACGCAGCACAAAGGAAACCAGAUAUGGUACGAGUAUGAAAAGAUUAAUCCUCGACACACGGCACAAUCUUGGCGUGACCGCUGGCUCAAAAAGCUGCAGUUCUUGGAUAGGAAAGCGUUAGAGACCAUGGCAGCCUCUGCGCCUGCAGAAGCCGGCCCCGUUGCGAGCAUCCCAGAAAAGACUGCGGAGGGCCGCAAUACAAUUGCCAAAGUUCCGCAGAAGGCUGCUCUUCAAAGGGCCCCUGAGCAACGCGUGAACAAUCGGGUAGAUGCCGGCCCCGUUGGCAGACCACCACAACCUCAACCUACGAGAGCGCCAUCGCAAGGCCCGAGAGAAGCUAACAAAUCUCGGAAAUCAAUAGAAGACCGUCAAGAAGAAGAACAAGAAGAAGAAGAAGCUCUCGCUCUUCUGAGGUACAACUGGUAUCAAGAUCUUGAUGAGUAUAUCAAAGUCACCGAGAGAGACAUUAAGAGCAGCCUCAACAUCAAUGGAAAGAAGAUCGAGUUGUUUGAUCUUAUGAUAGCUACCCGAGAUGCGCCAGUAUCACAGGACAGCCAAUUAACCGACUGGCACAGAGUCGCGGAAAACCUUGGUUUCGUUGAACCAGAUCAGCAUACCGUCAACGAGUUACAUCUCUGCUAUGAAGAGAACCUCGUGGACUUCCUCGAUACAAUGGAGAGUUUCGAAGUCAACAGCGAGGAACAGAACCCCGAGUCACAGGAUCAAGCUCCUGACAUAGACCCCGGUCAGGACAUCGACUUCGAAGACGGUCAAGAGCGCGGUUUACUGCAAAGUCAGGUACCAUCCUCACCCCCAGUCGCCGCGUCAAGUUUGAAACGAACUGCUGGUGAGCCUCCCUUCGCCUCAUCAGGGCGCUUUAAGAAAAGACGCUACAGUAAGGACAUAGAGAUACCAUCUACACCGGACGCCGAAGAAGCUCCCAAGCUACAGCAUGCCCAAGAAACAUCUCCUGGUGCACUAAGAACCUCUCAGUGGCUAGGUUAUGUUGGUGAAAGCGAAGCUUCGCAGCAUCUUCCACCCCUUCCCCCGAUGCAAGAAGAGUCACAAGACCUCGGGACGCGACCAGCAUUCAGGCAGGAUACUCGACACCAAUCUGUGGAUGUUUCGCUGCCAAAUGAUACGGCUUUGGAUACUACACCAAUACCAUUGCGUCUGAAUAAACAUCGCCAGCAGAAAUCUUCUCGUGAGAGCCGGCGAGAAUCACAUGCCCAGCCCAUGAGACGGCGUCAUGACAGUAGCUUUACAGAACAAAUCGCUCCCAGACGAGCUGUUUCCUCUGCGAAACCGAACCCACAACCAAACAGCCGAACAGCUCGACGGUCUCUUCCGGCCUCCUUCAACUCUUCCCAAGCUAUUCCCAAGACAAACCAGCCUGAGAGCUCAGAGAAGUCUAAUUCUCAAGAAAUUCAGAAAUGGAUUACUCGCUAUGAAUCAAUGGGCUACCCCCGCCAAUUUGUCGUGGAAGCCCUCAAACGCACCACCCUUACACCUGGAAAAUCGGCCCUUCUAGUCAUGAAGCAUCUUAGCGAAGGACGCGAGGUGCCUUCUCACCAUGAGGGUAUCUGGACAGACCGUGACGAUGCGGACUUGGACUUUGCUUCGAGCGUAGACUUUCACCGUUCUCCAGCUGACGAUAGCGAAGAACUUCAACAGGAGCGCGCUCAGAGAGCUCACAACCGGCUUGUUAAUAAACACGGCUUUCAGAGGUUUAACUUGAGGAAGGCUUUUCUCGAGGCCCAAGCAAAAGAAGGUGGCAGCCAGCUUGAAGGAUAG